AUGCUUAAAAGUAGGAGCGAUAUCAUCUUCAACCACCUGGCCAGGGUGGCGAAGGCGGAUUGGGGAUUGGAUUCGGCAGCAAUCAAAGAAAUCUACAGGGCUGUCUUUAUACCUAAAGUCACUUAUGCAGCUAGUGUUUGGCACGCUGCAGUGGACAAGGUUCGCAAUAAGCGGACCCUUAUGACGAUUCAGAGGCACGCAGCCCUACGGCUGGCAAAGGCCUUCAGGACUAUAUCAACUGAUGCACUUCUGGUUAUCUGCGGUGUUAUGCCACUAGAUCUAGCAAUUCACGAAAAGGCCCAACAUUACAGGGUCAGAAAAGGAAAAACUAUCAGAGUUGGUAACGAUACAUUCAUGAUGGGCUCUUACUGCGUCAAACCGACUCUAUCUGAACUCUACAGCCCGCCUGAAAGACUAAUCAUUACAGAAAUAGAUGAGAACAUAGAUGGAUCCAUCGAGUUAUACACUGAUGGGUCGAAGAGCGAUAAAGGUGUUGGGGCAGCUUUUGUGGUCUACGUGGAAGGGGCUGAACGGGCCUUCAUGCAGUUUAAAUUAGACAACAAUUGUACGGUCUUCCAGGCCAAACUAUUGGCUUUAAAAGAGGCUGUCAGGUACUUCGUGGAAUCAUUGCAGGAUGAACAAGUUACUAUAUGUACAGAUAGCAGGACUGCUUUGGAUACACUGAAACAGUAUAAAGAUGAUAAUAAGAUGGCUAUUGAUAUCAAGGGCAUGCUGAAAAGAUGCCAAGGGAGAGGCGUCAUCAAAUUUAGAUGGGUUAAGGCACAUGCUGGCUUAGUCAGGAACGAAAGGGCAGAUGCCCUGGCUAAGGAUGCAGCUGAUAAUGAGUCCACGGAUUUCAACAUACUUCCCAGGGCAUAUAUAAAAAAGAAAAUAAGAGACAGCAUGAGAAAGCGGUGGCAAGUUAGAUGGUCUGACUCCACCAAAGGAAGAAAUACUUACGAAAUUCUGCCCAAUAUAGAAGAAAGACUUGGGGAGUUAAAAUGGAUGUCCAUAGAUUUUGUCAUGACGCAAAUGCUAUCUGGGCAUGCAAAAUGCAACGCCUAUCUACAUAAGAUCAACAAACAUCCUAAUGAUAGGUGUGAGUGCGGAGCAGACUGCCAAUCCAUACAGCAUCUAAUCUUUCAGUGUAGCAAAUACGCAUUACUUAGACACGAAAUGGAAUGUGUUUUCAUGUUCAACCAACCGAAUACGACAAUGAACCUUUACCAUAUAAUACGGAAUAAGGAUGUUUACGCAGAGUUUCGUAGGCUAAUCGGAGUUAUUUUUAAAAGGACCUUUGGAAAUCGGAGUUAUUUUUAA